UUUACUUCCGGGCCGCGGUCUAGGGCGGCUACGUGUGUUGCCAUGGCGACCAUUUUGCGUUAACUGGUUGGUAGCUUCUAUCCUGGGGGCUGAGCGACUGCGGGCCAGCUCUUCCCCUACUCCCUCUCGGCUCCUUGUGGCCCAAAGGCCUAACCGGGGUCCGGCGGUCUGGCCUAGGGAUCUUCCCCGUUGCCCCUUUGGGGCGGGAUGGCUGCGAAAGAAGAGGACGAGGUGGAGUGGAUGGUGGAGAGCAUCGCGGGGUUCCUGCGAGGCCCAGACUGGUCCAUCCCCAUCUUGGACUUUGUGGAACAGAAAUGUGAAGUUUUUGAUGAUGAAGAAGAAAGCAAAUUGACCUAUACAGAGAUUCAUCAGGAAUACAAAGAACUAGUUGAAAAGCUGUUAGAAGGUUACCUCAAAGAAAUUGGAAUUAAUGAAGAUCAAUUUCAAGAAGCAUGCACUUCUCCUCUUGCAAAGACCCAUAUAUCACAGGCCAUUUUGCAACCUGUGUUGGCAGCAGAAGAUUUUACUAUCUUUAAAGCAAUGAUGGUCCAGAAAAACAUUGAAAUGCAGCUGCAAGCCAUUCGAAUAAUUCAAGAGAGAAAUGGUGUAUUACCUUACUGCUUAACCUAUGGCUCUGAUGUGGUCAGUGACCUUGAACACGAAGAGAUGAAAAUCCUGAGGGAAGUUCUUAGAAAAUCAAAAGAGGAAUAUGACCAGGAAGAAGAAAGGAACAGGAAAAAACAGUUAUCAGAGGCUAAAACAGAAGAGCCCACAGUACAUUCCAGUGAAGCUGCAAUAAUGAAUAAUUCCCAAGGGGAUGCUGAACAUUUUGCACACCCACCCUCAGAAAUUAAAUUGCAUUUUGCUAAUCAGUCAAUAGAACCUUUGGGAAGAAAAGUGGAAAGGUCUGAAACUUCCUCCCUCCCACAAAAAGGCCUGAAAAUUCCUGGCUUAGAGCAUGCGAGCAUUGAAGGACCAAUAGCAAAUUUAUCAGUACUUGGAACAGAAGAACUUCGGCAACGAGAAGACUAUCUCAAGCAGAAGAGAGAUAAGUUGAUGUCCAUGAGAAAGGAUAUGAGGACUAAACUGAUACAAAAUAUGGAGCAGAAAGGAAAACCCACUGGGGAGGUAGAGGAAAUGACAGAGAAACCAGAAAUGACAGCAGAGGAAAAGCAAACAUUACUAAAGAGGAGAUUGCUUGCAGAGAAACUCAAAGAAGAAGUUAUUAAUAAGAAGUAAUAAUUAAGAACAAUUUAACAAAAUGGAAGUUCAAAUUGUCUUAAAAAUAAAUUUAGUCCUUACACUGAG